AUGGCUCAAGUUCCUGCCAGCAGCGAAAGCCACACCACCCUUGAUCGCUACCUCGCACUGAUUCCACGAGGAUUAGAGCAUGCCGCUCGUGAAAACCUGCUGGAAGUUCUUUCGGACUUUUCACUGCGGCUAAAAGUGGUGGGCGAAGUGGUCUCCGAUAAUGAUAAUAUUGCCCACAUUUCCAAUGUUCUGCAACGCAAAAAGGACAAGAACAAGGAUAUUAUUAUGGAGAGCUGUUUUGGAGGGUUUGCCGUCGGAUCCAUUCACGAAAACAAAAAUAACUGGAGUGUGGGGUAUAUACAACAAUCCAAGCCCACAUGGUCUUGUUCGGGUGUCAUCCAUGGAGUAGUAUGGCUCCAAAUAGAGACCAAUGCUCCUGCUCACCUCAUUGCCAACCGUGUACGAUGUCUUGGUCCCAUCAUUGCCUUGGUCAAUAUAUGGGAACCUAUCGAUAUGCCUGCAUCUCAGUCUCUGGAGCAAGCGGUAGCUUCGGUAAAAGCUCUCGUGGACUCUGACUCGCAGCAGGAAGGGGACUAUUCUCAAGCCUUUCUGGCUGCCAGAACCUUGUGGUUCCGCCAUGUCCAAGCUGCUUGGAAUCUGCCGGAAGAAGACCUAAAGGCUCUCGACAAUAAACUAAAGGGCACUGCCGCCAUGAAAUAUCGACUCAGUUGCAUUCGCUCUGAUUCGGAAAAGUACCAAUACACACGACAACAGCUCUUGGCGCAAACGGCUGGCAUUGUGGUACCCAAAGUGCAAGGGGAACCCUGGACUGUGGAUUUGACCAAGUAUGAUCUGGAAGUGGUUGUUUUGGCACAUCCCAAAGCACUCGCCGUGGGAAUAGCCUUGAGACCCUACCAACACUUGGGAGUCAAAUCGUUCGCGACGGGGGCCAUACCGCCCGAUGUCACGGCACCGCUAGAACCAGGAGAUGUGGUCUUGGAUCCGUGUGCGGGGGUGGGGACCAUUCCCAUGGAAGUCCUCUUUCAAGAACAAGAUGCCAUUGCUGUGGGGGGAGAUAUUGCGUUGACGGGGUUGGGGGGCGUGGCUGCCGAAUAUUCCACCAGAGCGCAUGCUCUCAGACGAGAACGUUACCCUAGUCACAGUGCUCGGUAUGCCGAUCAAAUGGCCUGGGAUGCCACCUGUUUGCCGCUGAGAGAUGCAACUGUGGAUGUGCUCGUGUCAGAUCUCCCAUUUGGGGUGCAGUGUCUUUCCAAGGCAAAACUGGACAGUGUUCUUCCUCUCAUGUUCUCCGAGUUUGCCAGAGUACUGCGGCCUCGGACAGGACGUCUAGUAUUGCUUUGUGGCAAUUGUGUUCCGAUAGUGAGAGUUCUCCACCAGCUCAACACUGGUAAGGAUAGUAUGUCUUCUGCAGCAACAGCGGAAGAUAUUAUUUCGAUGCCGUGUGAUUCUGUAUUCCCAGUCAACAUUGGCGGUCUAAUGGCAUGGGUUGUCAUCGUAAAGAGGGAUAAUGGUCCACCUCGGGAGUUGCCAAACUACAAGGAUCGCGUUCGCAAGGUCGCUGGGAAGCGAGAACGAAUAGAACGAUGCAAGGCAAACGACAAAUCAACCAAGAAACGAGGAGUCCAUCAGUCGUAA